AUGCCUCUGCCUUGCUCUUCUUCGAGUGGAAGUUCGGAAGCCGUCGCAUCGCGUUAUCUUAGUCACCUCAAGUUUCCGUUUCCGCUCGAGUGGAUGUCCGGAUUGGCACCCGAAGUGAGCCGUGGCCUGUGGCAAGGUUUACGGCGUAACGCUAUCCCGAAUUCGCCUAGUAAGCCAAUUUACCCCUGUCUACCGUGUGGCGCAAACUUAGUUGUAAUCGCGUUCGAGGGGAAGCCGCAUUCGCUAAGCACUACAAACCUCACGGGCUACUGUUACGAACAAACACCAGAUGUCUCCUCUGGUCGAAGGUGCGAGGUUGAAGGCCAACCGUCGCACGAUGGAGAGGUCAUGAUCGACGCGGGGCGCGCAGAUCACGUGACUUGGCAUCCCGCCAAGACCCAACAUCGGGAGAUGCCAGGACCUCGGCCGAUGUUGGACAUCAGGAAUGUCAGCGACAUCUGA